CCCUGCGCCAAGCCCUAUAGUUUCAGUAUAUUUUUAUUUUUUCUUUUUCUGUGGUGUUUGUAUUAGUUUUUUUCUAUAUAUUUUGUUUCUUAAUUUGGUAAUAAUUCGGAGUUGUGAUCUAUCCUUAGGGCUUCUUAUAUGAGUUGAUAGGGUUAGAAAGGUGUGGAUCCAUCAAAGAAACAUCAAAUCUCAAAAUUAGGGUUUCCCACCUUUUACAGUCGCGCCAGUUCCCCAUCUAUCUAUACAUACAUAUAUAUCUGAUUGUGAUUUUGUAGAUCUUUUCAAAUUUAUGUUUUAAUUCUAUGUUUCUUUGAUCUCACAACUCGGGAAAAGCAAUUGUGCUUCAAUUUUUUGUUCAUCGGUCAAUUGUCACUUUCUUUCAUUUGGGGACUUUUUUUUUUUUGAUCAAUUUCGAUUCUAUCAUAUCGGCGCUGGGUUGGGUUUCUCGUAGAUAUCAUAAUCUUUGUGAUUUGAUUUAAUUAGAAUUGGCAGUAAUGGAUAAGAAGAAAGUUGUGGCACCGCUUGUUUGCCAUGGGCAUUCUCGUCCUGUUGUUGAUCUGUCCUACAGUCCAAUCACUCCUGAUGGAUUCUUCCUCAUCAGUGCCAGCAAGGAUUCUACACCAAUGCUGAGAAAUGGAGAGACUGGAGAUUGGAUUGGAACAUUUGAAGGGCAUAAAGGAGCCGUGUGGAGUUGUUGUUUGGAUAAACAUGCUCUUCGUGCUGCAUCUGCAUCUGCUGAUUUCAGCGCGAAAUUGUGGGAUGCAUUGACUGGGGAUGUAUUACACUCAUUUGACCACAAGCACAUAGUUCGAGCAUGUGCCUUUUCAGAGGAUACAAAUCUGCUACUCACUGGUGGUUUUGAAAAAAUUCUUCGGAUAUUUGAUUUAAACCGACCUGAUGCACCUCCAAGGGAAAUUGACAGCUCUCCUGGUUCAGUAAGGACAGUUGCUUGGCUGCACAGUGAUCAAACUAUUUUGAGUUCCUCUGGAGAUGCUGGUGGAUUGAGGUUAUGGGACGUGAGGAGCGGCAAAGUUGUUCAAAUCCUUGAAACUAAGUUUCCUGUAACCAGUGCUGAAGUAAGUCAGGAUGGUCGUUACAUAACAACUGCUGAUGGUUCCUCUGUCAAGUUUUGGGAUGCUAACCACUUUGGAUUGGUGAAGAGUCACGACUUGCCUUGCAAAGUUGAAUCUGCUUCCCUGGAACCAAAGUUCGGUAAUAGGUUCAUUGCCGGAGGAGAAGAUAUGUGGGUUCAUGUCUUUGAUUUUCACACUGGAGAGGAAAUUGGAUGCAACAAGGGACACCAUGGUCCUGUGCACUGUUUGCGGUUCUCUCCAGGAGGUGAAUCCUAUGCCUCAGGAUCUGAAGAUGGGACUAUUAGAAUAUGGCAGCUGGGCCCUCUUGGUCAGAUUGAGGACAACUCCACAGCAAACGGGUCUACUACUGCAAAUGCCAAUGAUGGUAUGAGUGAGGUGACCCAAAAGAUUGACGAGUUGGCUGUUUCAGAAACAAAGAAGAUGGAAGAGACACAGGUCGAUGGUGUGGAGCAGAAGGUAGUUGAUGCCUGAUUAGGAAUUUAAGGGUUUUGUAUGGUUUCUCCUUUUGGAAAAGCUGUAACUGGCUUGACUUCGGAGGUUUUUGCUUAUGAAAUAAGACUUAAGCUUUUGAGAGUGCUGGGUAUUCUUUGCUUGCCCGAGAUCGUAAUCAUCAGUUAUAUAGUCUUUGGAGUA